AUGAAACUGAAAACUUCGAGUUUUAGAGACACCACACCGAGUGACUUUGUUUUCAGUGCUGAUCGACUGGUAAAGUUGUACUCUGUUAAAGUGACACAAAUGAAUUCUUUUUUACAGAUUCGAUGUGUAGUCGAAGAAAGUCUGAAUCUGCUUCCAUACAUUGCUUGCAAGAUAGUCACGCCUACUGGUAUGUCAAUAAUUGACAUCUCUUAUCUCUGUUAUCUAAUGAAGCCUGGAGGCUGCACUUAUGAAGGGGUCGAAUUUUCUAAGGGAAAUUGCGGAGUUAGCAUCAUUAGAAGCGGUGAGGUAAUGGAGAAGGGUCUGCGGGAAUGCUGCCGCUCGAUAAGAAUCGGCAAGAUCUUAGUCCAGAAGUCGUCAGAGGCUGAUGAAGUACAAAUCGUGUACGCAAAACUGAUAUCGGAUAUUCAUAAGCGCAAAGUGUUACUCAUGUAUCCGAUCAUGAACACCGGAAAUACGGUAAUCAAAGCAGUGGACAUUUUGCGGGAUCAUAAAUGCGACGAACAGAACAUUAUUUUGAUGAAUUUGUUUUGUACACCGUCAAGUAAGAUUAUUUUUUUGUUAUCGUUUCGCUUAAUCAUUAUUACGGAGUGAUU